AUGGCCGCUGCCCAAGCUCAGAGAGAGGCUGAAGAACAUGCCAGAAGGGCGCAGAGGUUGGAACGGGAGCUGAACCAGGAUCAGGUCAGGAUGAGAACUGAUUUCAAUCGGCAGAACCCGCCAAAGUUUGAAGGGGAAGUUGAACCCGAGAAAGCGGAUCUUUGGAUCCAAGAGCUGGAAAAGAUUUUUGAAGCUUUGCACACAACUGAUGGAGAGAAGGUGAAUCUCGCUACCUUCAUGCUGAAAGGGGAUCUCUGCAACCGUUUCAUGAUUGGUUUGAGGGAUGAAAUUGAGGAGUCCGUCAGACCUUUGGGAGUCAGAGUCUUUCAACAACUGGUUGAGAAGUCUCGCGAGGUUGAAGUCAUGAAGAAUCGUCGAGGGAACCGACAGGAAAGUGGAGGGCCAAUCAGGUCUGGUCAGAAACAAGCUGGGAAGACUGAAAAGGGUAGGGCUGGUCAGAAGAAGCCUUAUCAGAAUGCAACUGGUAGGACAUCAUCUACCAAAGUCGGAGCAAAAACUCCGAGAGAAGAUGUUACUUGUUUCAAGUGUAAUGAGAAAGGGCACUAUGCCAAUGAAUGUGGGAAAGAGAUUACUUGCUGGAAGUGCCAGAAGACGGGGCACAUCUCGACAAACUGUCCUGAUGCGCCAAAAGCUGAACCUGUGUUGAAUACGGCAAGGGGGAGACGUCCAGUUGCUAAGGGACUUGUCUUUGCUGUUACUAGCAAGCAAGCUGAGGGUGUUGAAGAUCUUAUUCAGGGCAUUUUAUUGAGGAAGCAUUGGAUUCUUGAGGAGACACUACAAGCGGUUGGCGCUAAGGCAAUGGUGGUUGGGCAUCCUCUUCAAACUAUAGGUGUAAAUUGGUAA